CGUCUCUUCAAAACAUAAACGUAUUAUUCCCCACGGCCUGGCUCCCCCUUCCCCCCUCCUCCAGCGAGUGAUCCUUGGAUUCAUAAUGCCUCCGUCGUUUCCGUUGACCUGUGUGUCUGUUCCUGAGCUAUCGCAGUGCCCUGACGUCGACAUCAACUUUGAUGGCGGUUCCGAUGUCAGAAACUCUGCCAGCAUGCGCCGUUCCAUGCAUGUCGCAGGCGCUCAAUAUGACCACAUGUGCCGUGGCCGACCUGACUUGUCUAUGUCAGGAUGCUACCUAUAUCAGCGUCCUGCGCAGUUGCGUGCGCACGUCCUGUGAUUUAGAGUAUUCAUAUAGUGAGAUGCCCUUAUCUUCCAUCGUUUUCCCGCUUUUCAAUAUAGCUUCAUAUCCUUAUUAUACAUAUUCCUAUCUUUAUAUCCCCAUCGUGAGACUUUUUAUCGAUCAUUCGCGCCGGGAACUGACAUCCUAAUCCCUCCCAGUGGCUAAGAACGUGACAUGGACGCGGUGCGGAUUCCCUUACAGCAAUGAGACGGGAACCGCGGCCGAAAGGUUCAUCCUGGUAAUAGGCACUGCAUUCUUCG